AUGUCUACUUCGCGCAAGCGCCCUCGCGCCGAGGUCGAGGAAAACAAGGCCGAAUGCCCCUUCAGCAUUACCUACGCCGAACCCGAUAUCAAGGCACAGAAAAAGUCCAAGAAGAGGAGGAAACCGGACCAAGAAGAGGAGGACGGAAAGAAGAGCUCAAAGCAACUCUCUCCCUUCUCCCCUUCUGGUGACUUCAACGGCAAGAGCGCUAAUGAUGUUCUGGACUUGGAAUACCAUGUGCACCCGCAGAAGAAGUGGUUGGAGAUGACGCGAUACAACAGUUUCGUCUUAAAUGGGACAAAGUAUUUCAGUGAGGGCUUCAUCUAUGUCGCAAACGACCAGACGGUCCAACGCCAGAAGGCCGCGGCGGAGGGCUCGACGGAUGCCAACGAGCCGGAGAAGGUCCUGAAGCGAUCAAAAUCUGAAGACGAUUGGGUGGCCCGAAUUCUGGAGAUCCGCGCGAGUGAUGAACAUCACGUCUAUGCGCGCAUAUACUGGAUGUACUGGCCGGAGGAGCUGCCGGAGGGCACGAUGGAAGGAAAGAAGUACACAGGAGGCCGCCAGCCGUAUCACGGUCACAACGAGCUUAUUGCUUCCAACCAUAUGGACAUCAUCAAUGUUGUUAGUGUGACAUUGCCCGCCACCGUCAAGCAAUGGAUCGAAGAGAACGACGACGAGAUCCAGGAGGCCCUUUACUGGCGCCAGGCCUUUGAUUGUCGCACUCAGCAGCUCUCGUCAGUCGAACGCACCUGCAAAUGUCGACAGCCCGCCAACCCGGACAAGACCCUCGUCGGAUGCUCCAACAAGGAGUGCGGAAAAUGGCUACACGAGCACUGUCUGCGAGAAGAAACCCUGAUGCGAACAUACGAGCGACUUGGCAAGGACAAGCCCCACCUCACCGCAAAACCCUCGACGGACGGAACAACGUCGGUUGCUGAGAGCGAAAAGGUCAAAGACGAGAAGCAGCUCGAUGACGGUGUGAACGGACCACUCAGCCCGACCGAGAGCGGUGCCGAUGUUAAGCAAACAAUCGAUGCCAAGCCGAGCGAUGCGCCGGAGGAGACCAAUGGGCAGUCAGUGGCCGAGGGAACGCCUGCCGCCGUCGAUGAGCGCGUCUCGCAACCACCCACAACCCCUGCCACACCAACCGUACCCGAGGUGCCGGCAGCAUCACGCAAGGCUAGACCCGUCAAGAAGAAGCCAUCCUCGACCGACGCGAAGCCGUGGGAAGGCUUGUUCGAGGCGAAGAUCUUGAUGGACAUGACUCCAUCAACGAUUGAGAUCAGAGACCUUCGAGAGAACGUCACUGAAGGCGAGAAGGUGUGGACUGAGCCGCUGCUCUGCGUCGUUUGCGGAGUAGGGAUCAGCUAA